GAAGGAAGGCUUCCCGUCUGCUUUCUCUAUGCCAAGUAUAGAAUCCUGCCUCGCGACCCCCGGUGGUGCGGGGGCGUGCAGAAAACUUGGUCAAAGGGUUCGGUCACGUCUCUCUCUCUCUCUGCCUCGAAUACAACAAGAUAUAUGCGUACCUUUCUCCCACGCAUUUGAUUAGUUUCAGAGGACGCGUGUGUGUGUGACACAUGUGUGUGUUCAUGCGCGCGCUUGUGCGUAUUUGCGCGCGCAGCUCUGUAUCCUGUGCGCCAGGCGCUGUUCACAUCUGGUCUUGGCGGGGACGGGAGUUGCGGGGGAGGGGUUGAGCAUUUGUGUGUGUGAGUGUGUGUGUGUGCUCUGCGCCUGAACCCUGCGUUUUGUGCACGUCUGUAAUUUGCACCAGAUGACCAAUUGGGGGAUGGAGCAUUCUGGGGAGGUAAGCGUUCCUCACACGGCAUAACAUCGCAGCGCACAAAUUAACUUAGUAUAUGGACAACGCUGCAUAACCAUGGAUCCAGACACUUCUGCACACUAAACUUUGUGCAGAGAAACUUCCGCUCCCCAUUUUUUGGAGCAACAAGUGGAUAAUGGAUAUAUCAGACGCGAAAGGGAGAGUGGAGAGUCGGGGUAACUGCACUUAAACACAAAGGGGAAUGCUGCAUCAGAAGGUUGUUCCAACUGCCGUUUGGGAAUGGAUACCGGUAAUUUUGUGGCGGUCAUCUGCUUUGUCCUUUUUUCCUGUGAUGGGCUCCUCUCACCGUCACCCGCAAGCGGCUUCUGUCCGGAGCGCUGCGAUUGCCAGCACGCGCAGCACCUCCUCUGCACAAACCGAGGGCUUCGCGCGGUACCCAAGGUGCCCUCCUCGCGGGUCCCAGAGGACGUACUUGUCUUCAGCCUCGGGGGAAACUUCAUUGGUAACAUCACUGCCUUCGACUUCACUCGGUAUGGAAAUCUUAUACGGUUGAACUUACAGUAUAAUCAAAUACAGACCAUUCACCCUAAAGCGUUUGAAAAGCUCUCCAAAUUGGAGGAGCUGUAUUUGGGCAACAAUCUGAUAUCAACAAUACCUCCAGGAACGUUACAGUCAUUGAAAAAACUGACAACUUUGUAUGGCAAUAACAAUAACAUGAAGAAUAUCACUCCAGAGCUGUUUGGUAACUUAGAGAGCGUUGUGAGGCUGAGGUUGGAUGGGAACGCCAUAGAACUGUUACAGGACUCUGUGUUCAAGAGCUUGACCAAUCUGCAUUAUCUCCAUCUAGAAUCGAACCAGCUGAGCCACAUUCACAGAAAUGCCUUUUCCAAGCUCAUCAAACUGCGCUUUCUCAACCUGGCGCAGAACAAACAGGCGGCCGUGCGUAAUGUGUUUACGUUCUCCCAGCUCAGGUCACUGUCUACCUUGCUGCUCUCUGAAAAUGAAAUACAAUACGUCGGAAACCACGUUUUUCAAAAUCUGAAAAAGCUUUCUAAACUAUCCCUCAGCAAUAACAACAUAUCCCGGUUGGAGAGCGAGGCUUUGAAGGGGCUGUCAAGCGUGAGAGAGUUUCUGAUGGAUGGGAACGAGCUGGAAGAUAUUCCCGCGGGACUUCUUGACCCGCUGGAGCAAAUUGAGGAGCUGGACUUUAGUCGCAACCACAUUUCCACUGUGAACUCGAUGGCUUUUAAAAAACUAAAGCACCUGAGGGUUUUAAAACUCAAAGACAACCGACUCACGAGCCUCUCCGGUCACAUCUUCGCCCUCAACAGCCGCCUUUACGAUUUGGAUCUCCAUGGCAACAACUGGACGUGUGACUGCCGCCUGAGCGAGCUGAAACAGUGGAUGACGUCGGCGCACUCUCAAGGGAAGCUGCUGACUGUUUUCGUGCAGUGUCAUCACCCAGCGACACUGAACGGGAAGUAUCUGGAUUAUGUCAACAGCUCCCAGUUACAGACCCAAGAGAAUUGGAGCCACUUGUGUGAGACCCAAAUUGGGCCUGAGGAGAGCAGAGGUGGGGGGGUCCUGGAGAAGGAGGUGGAGGAGAGGAUGAUGAGAGAGGGGGAGGUGAGGAAGGAUGUAGAAGAGCAGAGGGGAAUUGGGAGUAGAGAAGGAGUGGAGAUGAAGGCAAUAGAGGAAGAGAACAGGGGUAGAGAGGAAGAGGAGAGAAAGGAGGGAGAACAGGAAGUAGGUAUCCAUCAGGAACAGGGAGGGCAAGAGGAGCGGGACAAAUCCCUGUCGUUGGACAGGAAAAGGAGGAAGAAAAUAUCCGCUAGCCCCAGGUCGCGACCUUCUGCUGGGAAGCGUGAGAAAGGGAGGCGGGGUUCCGUUCUGGGCCGUGGUAUUCCUCAAACACAAGCGCCUUUGCUCAUCAACCCCAUGGACCCAACCAUAACCGUGCCUCAGACACUUGACAGCCAAAAUAGCCAUGGAAACCGUCUCAGUGGACCAAUCACAGAGCUCCUCACCACCUCAGAGGAGCGGUUUGACCUUCUCAGAGGCGGUCAGGAGGAUGGUCUACCAGUAAUGACAGAUCCCUGUAUGUUCAACCGUCACUUUCUCACCAACGUGACCGUCGACCAGGUCGCCUCCAGCACGGCCACAGUCCACUGGACCACACGCCACCACCUCCGAUUCACACCGGGAUCCGGACCGGGACUAGACGAGGUCCACUACCGCUUGCUGUUCGACCGGUUCGGGACAUCUGGCCGUUUCCCUCGCUAUGUGUAUGCCCGUGGCGGGGCGCGGUCGGUGAUGUUACGAGAACUCCGCCCAGAAGUCACCUACAUGGUGUGUGUGGAGGGGGUGGUGGGAGGGGCCGUGUGUCAGGUGGCACCCAGGGACCACUGCGCUGGAUUGGUCACUCUCCCAGAGGAGUCUCGUCGCCAAGGGACACUGACUUCCGAUCUCCACCUAGUCACCAUUGCAACGCUGGCCAUCAACGCCAUCCUCCUGCUGGUGAUUGGUGGAGCCUGGCUAGGGCAGACUUUGAUGCGGAAGCUGAAAAGGAGGAAGUCGGCGGUGCAUGUGCGUCACAUGUACUCCACGCGGCGACCGUUCCGCGGCUCUAUGGCAACGACGGCGGCUGUGUCGACUGACUUUACCAGUUUCCAGAGCAGCCGGCAACCACGGCUCGGAACCCUGGAGGAAGGGGGAGACCUCAUUGAGUUCUCCUGCGACCGUUUCCUUGACAACAGCCCCACCCGUAGAGACAACAGCAACAUGCAGAGGUUUUGUGAUUAGUAGAACCCUAGAGACAUACACUCUUAGAAAAAACAGUGCUACCUAGAACAAAAAAGGGUUGUCCCGUGGAGACAGCCAAAGAACCCCUUUGGAACUCGUUUUCUAAGAGUGUAGAACAUGAAAAACAAUUGCUCUGUGUGACCAAUAUAUACUAUUCAUGUUAUUGUGAGCCAUUAGACAAUCCAAAAGUAGAACCCUUAUCUAGAACAUGAGAACACCAAGAUACCAUUACAAGGAAGGAACAUCCUCAGGAGGAUGUCUGAGGUGCUGCAGAGACAGAAACAGAACUGGACUGGAUUUGAACCUGCACUGUAGGGCACUUCACCACAAUAGCAGGACCACAGCCAGGGUGUUAUGACCACACACACACACACACACACACACACACACACACACACACACACACACACACACACACACACACACACACACACACACACACUCUUCCCAGCACACCAUCUUAUGCUGUAAACAAGUCCCUGCGCCAAGAUGCAAUUGGAUGCAUCUUGGUGCAGAGAAAUCCCUCUCAUAAUAAAGCCAUAAUAACAUUUGUCAUGUGACAUAGGCUACAGUUGUGCAGAGACGUUUUUAGGAUUUCCACAUCUGUUAGCAGGUCUCAAUCAUUUUUUUGCCUUUUACGAAACUCAUUUCAUGCAAUUCUACGUCAUUUACAUGAUAAAAGACAUUAGCUGAAUAUUUGUUAAUACCACACAAAUGACCUAAAUUAGUGGCUACUCUAACACUGUCAAACUGAGAUCAAUCUGGUCUUGAAUUCAAACAAACAACAGCCCCGACCAAUGAAGCAACACACACAUUGUACAAUAUUAGGAGACAAUAUAUAUGUAUAUAUGUAUAUAUUAUAGGCUACAGUAGGCUACUAAAUGACAUGUCCAGUGCCACACUGACUCACCUAAUGAUGAAGAUGUAGCCAUAAGAUACUACUCAUGGUGAUGGCCGAUGCUCUCCUCUUGGCAACAGCUUAUCUCAAGAUGAGCUACUUUGAAAAACAUUGCUGCUGUUGCUGGGAGUUGUUCUAUUGGUUCUACAGAUAGACUAGUCUUCUCUUUUCAGUGGUAUGCAUUUGCUUUCCAAACUUGACAUUUUUCCUGCAAUUGUCUUUUGAAAUUUGCAAAAGUCAAACAGACAGCUACAACCAACCAUAGUAAUACAAUCCAUAGAAAUGUACAUUCAAAUCAGGACUUGCAGCCAUUGCUAGUGUACCCAUCAGUUGAAUAGUCCAAUUGCCAGGGUAAGAGGUCCCAAAACUCUGUGGAUUAUUUGUCUAUGGCCACAAACGCAACAAGUAGUAUAUUUGCGCGCGCAUGCUGGCCAAAUCGCGGCCUUCCCAACUGUAGGCAACCAGUAACUGCCAAAAUAAAGGAAACACUUGAGUAAAUGAGGGCUACAAAUAAUAUGUCAUGCUGUGGGUGCAUUUUCCUGGCAUGGUUUAGGUCCACUUAUAGACUCUAUGCCAAUGAGCAUUGAAGCUGUUCUGGCAGCUCAUGGUGGCCAAACACCCUUUUAAGACACUUGGCUAAAAUAAUAAUAAACAAAUAAUAGCAAAACAAUUAAUAUUAUUAUAUACAUUUAAAUGAUUGCCUCUUGGGCGCCCUAAUUGGCCAGUCACAUGUAUUUAUUAUGCAGUUACCAAUCAAGGCAGGGCCCCCCAGUUAUCCACAUGUGCCCCCCUACCUAUUCCUCUCCCCCAUCUGACGAUUAUCAGAGCAGCAUCAGGCUGUCUACUCUCCUUGAGAGCCGGCUCCUGAAUCGUCCUGUGUUUUAUUUUUUAAAUUUUUUUAUUGAACCUUUAUUUAACUGGUUGGCGGUCGCAGUAAAAAUGAUAUAUAUUUGACGUAUAUAGCAUAUACUGUAUAUAUAAUAUAUGCAGUAUAUCAUUAUUUUAUUUUGCAUUUCUUUUUUUGCUGCCUUUUGGGCCCCCCACGGCCCUGGGCCAAGGAGCUUCAACCCCGGUAAUCCCCUGCAUUAAUCUGGCCCUGGUAUGCAGCCCUGGUUAUGACCCCAGCACAGCCACAGUUAGGGCUGUGUUAUGACCACAGCAGAACCACAGUUAGGGUGGUGUUAUGACCACAGCAGAACCACAGUUAGGGUGGUGUUAUGACCAUAGCAAAACCACAGUUAGGGUGGUGUUAUGACCACAGCAGAAACACAGUUAGGGUGGUGUUAUGACCACAGCAGAACCACAGUUAGGGUGGUGUUAUGACCAGGGUUGUGUUUGUGGGCGACCAAACAGCUGAGCUCAUCAGUGCUGAUCCAGACUCUACAGGAAGUCAAUCCCACUGACUUCCUCGACUUCCUCUAAGCCUCAUGCAUUUCCUCUCCAAUUUCCUUGCACCUGUGUGUGUGUGUGUGUGUGUGUGUGUGUGUGUGUGUGUGUGUGUGUGUGUGUGUGUGUGUGUGUGUGUGUGUGUGUGUGUGUGUGGUGUGUGUGUGUGUGUGUGUGUGUGUGUGUGUGUGAGAGAGAGAGAGAGACAGAGAGAGAGAGAGAGAGAGAGAGAAAGAGGGAGAGAGAGAAAGAGAGAGAGAGAGAGAGAGAGAGAAAGAGAAUAUUACCUGAUUUCAUCUGGUGCUAAUAUUAGAGUAUUAGACAUUCAUUUUUGUACAAUUGUGUAUAAAAUAUCAUUUCUAAUGUGCCUGAAAA